AUAAAAUGAGACGAAAAUCAUAUAUUGUGCUUCAUAAAAGCGAAUGGGACAGGCUGCAUCGUAAAAAGGACGACUCAAUUAAACUGUCCGAACAACGAGAGGCGUAUUUCAAAAAGCUAGUAGAUAUUUCACAAGCCUGGAUUAAAACGUGGCCAGACACAGUACAGGGACAUGUAGAGCAAGUUAAGAAAGACAAGGAAAAGCACCACAAAGAAGAAAUAGCUUUGGUGAAGGCUUUUCUCCACGAAAAGAAGAAAGAAGGAACUAAAGAAGCUUUAAAAAACGCCAAGCAACUUAUUUUUGAGGACAGUUGUUAUGGAAAGCAGUUGUUAAGUGCAUUUCUUGAGUCAAAAACUUUGGAAGAAAGAGAUCGUCAAAUUGAGUUACAAAAAGAAUUAAAACAGCAAAGGGAAGAGCAUGAAAAAGAAGCGUUUUCUAAAUUAGAAAACCGUUUCGAUUUAGGACAUGAAAAAGAAGAUAAACAGAAGAAAAGGAACGAGGAGAUAGAUAUAUCCAAAAUAAAUAAAUCCAUUUACGAGAUGAAAUUGAGUAAAGGAAUUGAAAAAAAGAAAAAACAGGAAGUGCUUGAACGUGAAAACGCACGACUCAUGCAAGAACUGUUGGACCUCGAAUCACGUCAGGAAAAAGAAUAUGAAAAGCAAUUGAGAAAAGAUGUUGAACUCUACGAAAAAGAACAGGAAAUUGCAAGACAACGCAAGUUAGCGAGAGAAAAGAUAGCAGAGGAAAUAGCUAACGAACAGCGCAAAGAACUUGAUAAGAGAAAUUGUAAAAUUCGGCAAGUGAUGAAAGACAUGCAUCAUGACAGAAAUAACACAGAACAAUACAAACGAAAUUACGAAAUUGUUAAGAAGGUACAAGAAACAGAUCAAGCACGCUAUAAUGAAUUUGUCGAAGCAGGAAUAAAGAAAUUAGAAGUGAGGACAUCAAAAGAUGACCAUCAAGCGAUAUUGAUGAAGAACUUAGAAAAGGAAAAACGUCACUUGAUAUCUGAGCACAAUAAAAAGGAAUUGGAGAAGAUGGAACAAUCAAGACUUUACACAAAGAAGUUUAAUUGCGGACAUAGACAGAGCAUUCUACCCAAGUCGAAUUACAGCCGCAUGAAGAACACGAGUAGUGCCAUAGCAGGUAAGUAUCAAAGAGAGAUAGAUUUGGUUUCGAGUAUUACUUAUUUACUACAUAUUACUACUUAUUUACCAGAUAAGCAGCCAUUAAACUUCUUAGCGCCCGCUAAGAAGCUGCGCAAGCAAUACGAAGCGCGCAAAAGGGCGCCUCCUCCGUGGAGCGGGCUGGCGGCCACUCACGCGCAGUUCGCACAGCAAGCUAGCAAAGUCCUGGAAGACGUGCAGUACAAGCACUUCGCAAGGAAAGUCGUCGACGAAUACAGGAAGAAGAAUGGUUUGGAUGCCACUACAUUGCCAGUCCCAAAUUACUGAUAUUUUUACCAAAUGAGAAAAUAAAACAAGUAUUUCGACAAUCAUUAUACUACAUUUAUUUGUAUACUACAAACGUUUACUAUAUACAAAACUUUGUCCUUACAACCAAAAUUCCUUUCUCUUACGUUCCGGCUGCGUCCCAUUUCUACAUUAUUAUUAUCAUCAUUUGAUUAAUUUAAUAUCGGAAAGUUUGCAACAUUACGCUUAUUAUUAAAUAACAAAAUAAAUACUUGAUCACAAUGUACAGUACAGUCAGAUGUCAUCCAAAAGACUGUACGAAGUGCAUUUCUGUAGUAUUUUCUUCGUAAAAAUGAUUGCAGAAAGGCGUAAUAGAAUUUUAAUAAUUACCUAAAAAUGCCCACAGUUGUUUGAGUGCCACAAAAUACAGUGUUGUGGAAUAAAUUACGUAAGCA